CAGAUUAAAGUUCUGAAGCUUGAGGGAAUUUACUAAAGCACAGAAUUAUGGAGAAUGGAAGCAAUAAUGUCCCCGAAAACGCCAAUGAGCACUGUCCUGGGACUCAGUCAGAGGAUGCUGGAAAAUCUGAUGCAUGUAAAGGUUGCCCUAAUCAGGAAGCCUGUGCUACUGCUCCCAAAGGCCCCGACCCAGAUUUGGUUACAAUUGCGGAGCGAAUGGCUACAGUGAAGCACAAGAUAUUGGUUCUAUCUGGCAAGGGUGGGGUUGGGAAGAGUACAUUCUCAGCUCAGCUGUCCUUUGCACUUGCAGCUAUGGAUUUCCAGGUGGGUUUGCUUGAUAUAGAUAUAUGUGGACCUAGCAUUCCCAAGAUGCUGGCCCUUGAAGGGCAAGAAAUUCACCAGAGUAAUCUUGGAUGGUCACCUGUCUAUGUCGAGUCUAACCUAGGGGUCAUGUCAAUUGGGUUCAUGCUGCCCAACCCGGAUGACGCUGUGAUAUGGAGAGGCCCACGUAAGAAUGGCCUCAUUAAACAGUUCUUGAAAGAUGUUUAUUGGGGAGAGCUUGAUUUUCUAGUUGUUGAUGCUCCGCCUGGAACUUCUGAUGAGCACAUCUCAAUCGUCCAAUUCCUCCAAGCAACUGGAAUAGAUGGUGCUAUUAUAGUUACUACUCCACAAGAAGUUUCUCUGAUAGAUGUCAGAAAGGAAGUAAGUUUCUGCAAGAAAGUUGGGCUGAAUGUUCUUGGUGUUGUGGAGAACAUGAGUGGUCUCUGCCAGUCACUUUCAGAUUUCAAAUAUGUGAAAAUGGCCGAAAAUGGUGAACAACAAGAUGCGACAGAGUCAAUCCUUUCGAUCAUGAAGGAAAAAGCACCGGAACUGCUAAAUGUGUUUGCUUUUAGUGAAGUGUUCGAUAGCAGCGCUGGAGGUGCUGGUAGAAUGUGCCGCGAAAUGGGAGUUCCUUUUCUUGGGAAGAUUCCUCUAGAUCCUCAGCUCUGCAGAGCGGCUGAAGAAGGGAGAUCGUGCUUUGCUGAUGAUAACAAAUGUCAAGUGAGCGCCCCUGCACUCAAACUUAUAAUAGAUAAGCUGCUGGCGCAACAAAUGAUUUCAAGAAUUGAAAAUGGAGCCUAGUUGUUAGUGUUGAUUUCAUAUUUGUCCUUCCCUUCUCCCCGGUUAAGAAGUGUGAUGAUGUCUUGGUUCUAAUUUCGACUAGUAGUUCAGCUAUGCAUUAAUUUGAUCGUCUUAUCAGCUUCAUGUUCAUUCUAUUUGAUGACUUCUUCAUAAAAUUAAUCUUGAUGUGUUCGAAGAAUGUAAAUAUCACAAUAAUAGUCAAUAGAAUGAUAAGUACUACGGGUGAAUAUUGCCAUGAGAAUGGGUUCAAACCUCUGAGGGGGCCCCCAAAAAAGGUUAAGCAAAAACAGGCAGGUAAAUACAUUUCACAUAGUUAAGGACUUUCUUUCUUUUUUUCUUUGGUACAUUCUAGCAUUGAGAUGGUACAAACAUACAAACAUUUGAAGGUAAAUGCGAUUUGUUCA